GCACAUCUUAACCAAUCGCGCCUGUAAGUAGUAUUUGUGGGCGGAAUUUCCUGUAUUCUGUGUUAAUAUGUCAAUUUCACAAAGGCAGAUUGACUGAAGGUAGAGAACUGGACCUCCAAAGGAAUAAUAUUAGGUGCUUGAACUGAAAUGACCAGCCUUCAGCCAUUUAAUCUAUCCAAGGCGUGGGAGAAAUACAUCCACUCCAGGAUACAUGGAGCUGAUAAGCAGGUGAGUCUUGACUGCUUGGAGAGGUUCCUCUGCCUGUUUCACUGUUCCAGGCACUUGGAGAAUCGUAAUGCCGGCGAUGCUCUAAAGUUCUGCUCAGACAUGAGCAGCGCCAGUAACACCUUGGCCCGAGAGUUCCUGACAGAUGUGCACCAACUGUGCAACGCGGUGGCCCAGAGGGCAGAGGCCCGGGAGGAGGAAGAGGAGGAGAGUCACAUGGUGGCUCUGGGAGAGUACCUGGUGCGGGGACGGGGUUUCCUGCUUCUCAGCACUUUGGGUUCCAUCGUCGACCAGGAAACUGAAGAUAUCCCGUCUGUUCUCAAACAGGAGCUGACCUGCAGGGAAGAGCUGCUCACUUUGCUGCUGUCGCUUCUCCCUCUGGUUUGGAAGAUCCCAGUGCAAGAAGAGAAAGCUCCAGAUUUCAGUCUACCUUCAUUAGUGGAUGUCUUCUUUGCCAAAGACAGCAAGUUCACAGUCCUGAAAGCAUCUCAGGAAAAGGCAGGUUCAGAAGGGCAGGUCACAUCAAAACGGGCCUCGGGCAGCUGGAGAGCACGUCGCCAGCGUAGGAGCGCCCAGAGGUAUUCAGUGAGGGAUGCGCGAAAAUUGCAGCUUUCAACUUCAGACUCGGAUGCCAACUCAGAUGACAGAACGCCUAGCACAAGCAGGCAUCGGAGGUCGCACGGCUUGCCCCUGCUUGUGAGCCGCCAGCAUCAACCAUCCACCGAAGAUCCUCCACUGAUGCCAUCACCAAAAGAAGCCAUGAGUGCCUUUGACAAGACUGAGCAACAGCAACAGUACUAUUCGAAGCAUGUGCUUGACCCUGAGAUGUUGACAGACCCGGCAGCCCUGUCCAUCCUCAACCGGAUGAAGAACUCUCCCUUUGAUCUGUGUCACGUGCUGCUUUCCCUGCUAGAGAAGGUCUGCAAGUUUGACAUGACCCUGAACCACAACCCUGCCCUGGCCGUUAGUGUGGUUCCAACCUUAACUGAGUUUCUCAUGGAGUUUGGGGACUGCUGCGGACCAGGUGGUGGAGGAGGAAAAGGGGGAGGGGGGAGUGAGGAUCUAGCCAGUGGCUGGACUGAGGAGCCAAUAGCCCUGGUCCAGCGAAUGCUCCUUCGCACCAUCCUUCACCUGAUGUCUGUGGAUGUGGGCAGGAGGGAGGCCUUGCCCGACAACCUACGAAGGAAUUUAACCGACCUCUUGCGGGCCACCUUGAAGAUCCGCAGUUGCCUGGAGAAGCAGCCUGACCCCUUUGCCCCCCGGCCCAAGAAAACCCUACAGGAGAUCCAAGAUGACUUUUCGUUCUCCAGGUACCGUCACCGGGCACUCCUGCUGCCUGAGCUGCUGGAAGGAGUGUUACAGGUAUUGCUGGGCUGCCUACAGGCGGCUACUCCAAACCCUUUCUUCUUCAGCCAGGCAGUGGAGCUGGUCCACGAGUUCAUCCAGCACCAGGGUUUGGAGCUUUUUGAAGCCACCGUAAUGCAGAUGGAGUGGCUAUCAUUUCGAGACCCAGAUGUUUCUGGGGAAGCCUCGGAACGAGCCCGGGGCCUGAUCAGCGGAGUGGUGAAGAUUGUUAGCGCCAUCAAGAAGGCCAAGUCAGAGCAGCUGCACCAGUCGGUGUGUGCUCGUCGCCGCCACCGGCGCUGUGAGUAUUCCCACUUCCUCCACCACCACCGUGACCUCUCUGGGUUACCUGUUUCCGCCUUCAAGCAGCCAGCUGGCCACAACCCCUUUGAGGAGGAGGCCUCCAGUGAGAAGGUGCACUACCCUGAGCGCUGCUGCUGCCUGGCUGCAUAUGCCCACCAGUGCCUGCGUCUCCUCCAGUGCGUCUCCUCCUCAGGGGCUGUCUGCCUCCAGAUCCUGGCUGGUGUACAGGCAGUGGGAAUCUGCUGCUGCAUGGAUCCCCGCUCUGUGGUGGCUCCUUUUCUCCACGUCUUCCGCUCCCCAGCCCUGAGAAGCUACCAGUCCCAUAUUUUGAGCAUCCUUGGCCGUCUGAUCCUAGAGCAGCUUGGAGGGGGGCAGCCCUCCCAGAAGGCCAAGCUGGCCUCCUGCAAUGUUUGCACGGUGGAUAGCAGCCAGCUGCCCAGUCUGGAGGAAACACUGCAAGGGAACAGUGGCAGCGGUGGGGGGAAUGAAUCUGGCCAUGGCUUCUCCAGCCCUUCCUAUCGCUCCCAGGGGAUCUUACCCAGUGGAGGAACAGAGGACAUGCUCUGGAAAUGGGACGCCCUGCAGGCCUAUCAGGACUUGGUCUUCAGUGAUGACCGGCAGCUGAGCCUGCAGAUUGCGGGCCAUGUUUGUCACCUGACCCAGCGAGGCAAUGCCGUGGUGCAGUGGCAGCUGUACACCCACAUCUUCAACCCGGUGCUUCAGAGAGGGGUAGAGCUGUCCCACCAUGCCCAACAGCUGGGGGUCACAACCACCUGUGCCCAGGUUUGCAGCUACCACAGCAAGUGCUUGCCACUAGACAUCCUACAGGUGUAUCUCCAGACACUGCCUUCGCUUUUCAAAUCCAGGGUGAUAAGAGACCUAUUUCUAAGCUGUAAUGGAAUGAACCAAGUGACAGAGCUGAUAUACUUGGAUCCUGUUCGUUCAUCAGCACUAAAAGUAUUCGAGACAUUGAUCCUGUGCGUGGGCAUCCAGCAGACUGACAUCACAAUGCAGAAGCUGGACAUUAUUGAAGCUGAGGAGAGGGAGGCUGCACUUGACUUGGUUGACUCCCCUAGCAACCAUCCAGGCAGGGGGGGCAGUGAGGGUCCUCAGAGCCUGAGCAAGUUCUAUGCAUGCCUGAAGGAAGCCUGCCCCCAGAAGAAGAGCCGAGGGGCUCGGAGCAGCAGUGACUACCACCUCAAUGCCAUCAACCUCUUCCUCUGCGUGGCAUUCUUGUGUGUCAGCAAAGAGACAGACUCUGAUCGGGACUCCGCAAAUGACUCCGAGGACACAUCAGGCUACGACAGCACAGCUAGCGAGCCCCUGGGCGGCCGCCUGCCCUGCCUGUCCCCGGACAGUGUUGCCCUUCCCUCAAAGGAGCAGAUCCACCGGGCAGCCGAUGUCUGGUCCAUGUGCCGCUGGAUGUACUUGUCCAGCUCUGUGUUCCAAAAGCAGUUCUACAAACUGGGUGGCCUGGUCGUCUGCAACAGACUAAUGGCCAUGGUCAUCCAGCAGUUGUCCUCCAAAAGCAAGGAUGGUAAAGCCAAGAAGCAGCAGCCAAGCGGAGACACAAGCAAAGUCAAUUGUGCCGCGCUCAGCACUGAUAUUGCAAGUACAUCACCGCCCUGCCAAGAAGACGACAGGCAGGCUACAGAUUAUUUCAGCUACACGGGGAAGAGUCCUCAAACAAAGGCGGAGGCCAGGGGGAGUGACACUGCUAAAAAUCUUGAAGACGAGUGGCCACUGCAGAGCAUACGACUUCUGGAAGCUCUCUUAGCAAUCUGCCUCCACAGUGCAAGUUCAGGACUCCAGAAAGCAGAACUGGAGCUCUCUUUUCAGUACCCGUCGGUGGAGGAGACUCUGUCUGAAAUGCGUGACCAACUGUCCCGAUCUGGGGUUGUCUCUUCUGACCUGGCCAUACCGCUCUUCAACUCCCUGCUCAGAGUCGCCCAAGCCAAAACCUCAGCAGACUCGGACACGCCUCAGGAGAAAACAGAGAGGCAGAAGCACCAAGCGGAGGAAGAGUUACCAUCUCAGUCAGGGGAUCUAUCUGAAGAGACAGAGGAGCCCCAGUGCUACAGCAUCAAACUUUUACCGGAGGAUGAGGAGGGAUACGAGGCAGACAGUGAGAGCAACCCUGAGGACACAGCAGCCAAGGGGGAAGGAACAAGGCCGGACGCUACCCUGGCUGUGGAGGGUGAGUUCCUGAGCUUGCCGGAGAGCUCUGGUCAGGGAGAGUUGCUGUACCCUGAGAUCUGCAUGGUGGAGCUGCUCCUGCUGUCAGCCAGCUCCCCAGAUCUGGAUGUGCUCACCCACGUCUUCCGCAGCCUGCUGGGGGUUGUCAGGCACAGUGACCACAACGCCAUGCUCAUCUAUCAACAGGGUGCAGUGAAAACUAUCCUGGGAGGAUUCCAGAACAUUUUGAGUCGAUCAGACCCAUCUUUAGCAGAGUGCCAGGGUGUGCUGGUGGAGCUGCUGGUUGCAUUGGUCAGCUCACGGAUCUCUUCAGAGGAACUAUCCCUGCUCAUUAGAAUAUUCCUAGAGAAGACACCUCCUACUGAAAUCCUACUGAAUGGAGUCCUACACAUCGUGGAAGCAAACAUGCACAUGGCCCCCCUGCAGUACCUCACCUUCCCUCUGGUUACAAACUCAAUCUCUGCUACGAACACCUCCCCAACGCUGAAGCAAAGCAGCACUGUGGGGGGGAAGGCACCUGGGCUCCUUUGGAGGGGAAAGGUGCUUCCUGGCAGGAAGGAAGCAGAGGGUGAGGCGCUAAGUCAUCAGCUCUCCUCCUCCUGGCAUGUGGCUCCGGUGCACCUGCCCCUCGUUGGGCAGAACUGCUGGCCACACAUGUCCGAGGGCUUCAGUGUUUCCUUGUGGAUGAACGUGGAGAGCCCUCCAGAGGCAGAGGGCUCAGCGGAGAAAGAGAAGAAGCAGAAGAGGACCAAGCUGGUUGCUUUCCGGGACAGCAGUGUUGACAGCAUAGAUGGAGAUAAACCAACAGGUAUUGACCAUCAUAACCCACCAAGUUCUGGAGACAAGCUGGUUGAAGACGGCUGCCUCCAUAUAAUAUCCUUGGGAUCCAAAGCUCUCAUACUGCAGGUCUGGGCUGAUCUGAACACCGGGGCUUUCAUUUUCAGAAUUUGCAUUGACCCAAAUGAUGAGAUGAAGGCUGGCCUGCUGGCUCAGGCGGAGUCACAGGAGAACAUCCUCACCCCAGGCCAAUGGCAGCACUUAGCCUUGACCUACAUACAGCAGCCAGAGGGUAAGAAGAACAUCCAUGGGAAACUGACGCUCUGGGUCUCUGGUCAAAGGAAAUCAGAGGUUGCUUUGGACUACACUCUCCCGAGGAAGUCGAACCUGUCUUCUGACAGCAACAAAACCUUCUGCAUGGUGGGUCACUGUGUCCCCACUCAGGAGGAGAUCCCGAGACUGGCUGGCAGAUGGGACAUCGGAAGUCUGCUUCUCUUUAACGGCUCUAGGAUCGGUCCUGAAGAGGCUUUUUAUCUCUAUGCCUGCGGUCCUGAUUUCACCUCGAUUAUGCCCUGCAAGUCUGGGAAUCCAAAUCUGAAAUACUCCAAGUACAUCAGUCUGGAGGGCCUGCAGUGUGAGCAGCUGAAGGAGCUACUUAUGAAGAACAAGCAGGUUGACACAGGGCCCCUCACUGAAAGUCUGGCUAUUGUUUAUGCCCCAAGCUGCCCUAGCCAGUACACAAUCUAUGAGCCAGUGAUCCGACUGAAAGGACAGAACAAGAUGAUGGCGUCGCAGAGGCCCUUCAGUGCUAAAGAGAUCCAGAGCACCGUGCUGGACCCGCUCUGCUUGAAAGCACUGCAGCCGGUGCAGCACCAGGGCCUGCAGAGCGUCCUGCAUGAGAUCGGGGGGACAGGGGCCUUCAUCUUCCUCUUUGGCAGGGCAGUAGAGCUGAGUGACUGUGAGAAGACCCAGGCCUUGGCCCUCCAGGUUGUGUUGUCCUUGGCUAAAUACAACCAGAACCGGAUUCAAGAAAUGGAAAGCUGUAAUGGCUACUCCAUGAUCCAUCAGGUUCUCAUUAAAUCCAAGUGCAUUGUAGGAUUCCACAUAUUGAAGACCCUGCUGGACGGCUGCUGCAGUGGCCAGAUCCUGAGUCUGAGUGUGGACGGCCAGUUCAAGCUGGACCCCGAGUCCAAUGCUGUCGUCCAGGAUGUGAAGCUCUUGUCAGAAGUGCUGUUGGACUGGAAGAUCUGGGCUAAAGCACAGUGUGGCGUUUGGGAAACCCUGCUGGCAGCCCUGGAGAUCAUGAUCAGGGUUAACCACCCCCAACAGAUGUUCAACGUCAAGCAGUUUCUCAAGGCUCAGGUGGUCCAUCGCUUCCUGCUCACCUGUCAAGUGCUACAGGAGCACCGUGAUGAGCACUUGACGUCCAUACCACGAGAUGUGUGUCGUUCGUUCGUCAAGAUUUUUCAAGAGGUCCUUGGAUCUCCGCCAGAUCUGGAACUGCUCAAACUCAUCUACAACUUCCUGCUGGCAGUGCACCCGCCCACUAACACCUACGUCUGCCAUACGCCUACCAGCUUCUACUUCUCCCUGCAUAUUGAUGGUAAACUGUAUCAGGAAAAAUUGCAGUCGAUCAUGUACUUGAGACACUCAAGCAGUGGGGGGAAGUCAGGAGGCAGCCCUGACUUGUCAAUGUCCCCAUCCGGCUUCACAGAAGCUCCUUCAGAAGGAGGAAACAUGGUGCUUAGCACCUCGGAGCAGGAGUCCAGCCCUUCUGUGGCAUACGAGCAGCAGCAGCAGCACCCCGAGAGCUUUCCAGUGACUCCCAGCUCCUCACCCCAAUCACCUACUCGCCAGCAGGACAGGAGCUUGGAUGAGCUGCACAAGGUCCACCAUAACAAGUUUGACUCCACCAUGGGUGAUGGAAGCAUUGUGCAGGGGAUUACUGAGACCCUCAAGUGGGCCAAGGAGGACCUGCUCAUCAGUAGCUGUGAGUCCGCCAAAACUGUAUGUGACUCCGGGGAGCUCCCCCCAUGUCAAAACAGUGCCCUGGUUAAUUCUCCAGAGGCAGCAAGCAGCCCAAGCCAAGAAGACGAGGAUACAGCAGGCGGGAGUGGUGAGGAAAGCCCACUCGGCCUCGAGUCAGAGGACAGGUUUGAGUCUCCAGGAGGUGAGGGUGUCAGGCGUCCGGACAGCCUGAAAGGGAUCCACUCCUUACAGAGGAGUCAGAGUAACUUUGCCAGCCUGGGCCUGGCAUUCCCAGCGCAGAACGGCGCUCUGGCCAUUGCACGCUGGCCCAGCCUCUCUGACCGGGGCGUGCUGCCUGAAGACUGGGAGAGCUACGCAUACUCGCCCGCCUAUGACUGCACCUUCAGUAAACCAGACUCCACCGACGACAGAUCUCCCACUGAAGACUGCUUGGUGCUGAUUUGCUGUGGUCUAUAUGAUCUGCUGCGAGGUGUGCUCCUCAUCCUGCCAGACUUGAUGCUGGAAGAUGUGAUGGACAAGCUAGUUCAGCCUGAAGCACUGAUAGUCCUUGUCAACCACCCAUCCCCCAUGAUACAACAGGGGGUCAUGAAGUUGCUGGAUGCCUAUUUUAACCGGGCCUUCAAAGAGCAAAAGGAGAAGUUUCUCAAGAACCAUGGCUUUUCUCUUCUGGCCAAUCAACUCUAUCUUCACCAGGGGAACCAGGGCCUGCUGGAGUGCUUCCUAGAGAUGCUGUUUGGCAGGCCGGUGGGGCUGGAUGAAGACCUCGACCUGGAAGACAUGGAGAAGAUUGACCCCUUCAGGAAAAGGUGCAUUAUUCCCAUAUUGGGGCUGAUCGAGAACUCUCUGUAUGAGAACACACUGGUGCACAAUACACUCUGCAUCCUGCUGCAGCUCGUCAACGCCUGUUCCAAAGUGGCUGAUAUCUUGCUUGAUAACGGCCUGCUCUAUGUGAUUUUUAACACCUUAGCAGCGCUCAACGGGCUGGAGAAUCGGAUCCUGCUGAAUGACUACAAGCUCCUGGUGUGUGACAUUCAGCAGCUGUUGGUGGCUGUCACCAUUCACUCCUGCAGCUCCUCGGGGUCCCAGUACUUCCGCAUCAUUGAGGACCUCAUCACCUUGCUGGGGUAUCUGCAGAUCAGCAAGAACAAGCGCACACAAGAAAUGGCUGUUGCAUUGCAAUUUCGGGUUCUCCGGUCGGCCAUCGAGUUCAUCAAAACUACAGCCAAUCAGGAUCCUCAGAAACUGACUAGCUCUGUCCACUUGCCUGCUCCCCAGCACCAUGCAAUCUACCAGAAGCGGAAGAGUAUUGCUGGUCCCCGCAGGUUCUCCCUGGCCCAGUCAGACACAUUGCUGAUGAAGAUGAGGUUGGUGGCGAGUGACGAGCUGACCGUGAUGAUGCAGAGGAGGAUGAGCCAGGAGAACCCAAUCCAAGCCAGUGAGACAGAGUAUGUGCAGCGGCUGCAGAGACUGACCGUCCUCUCCGUCAACCGGCUCAUCUAUCUGGAUGUCAGCCAAGACUUCUUUGAUUUGCUGAAUAUCCCUGAGUCUCCCAUUCACCAGAGUUCUUCAGCACAACAGUUUGAGCAGCCUGAAGAGAAUGGGAAUCCACAGCCCAUAGGCAGCAAGACCACUUUCCAGAAGGAAAUCUUGAAACUAAUGAUGGAGGGGAUCAGAAUAGGACUUUGCAGCUCAGGCAGAGGUGGAACCCCAAGGCAGCAGUGGAAGCGGAUUCUCUGGUCUUGCAAAGACACGUUCCGCAUGCAGAUCGGGCGGCUCCUGGUUCACAUCCUGUGCCCAGCUCGCCCCCUAGAAGAAAGAAAGCAGGCUUUGGAAAUAGUCUAUGAACCAAAUCAUUCUGAGAUCCUUCGUGAAUGUCUGAGCCCUGGCCUGGAGCAUGGACCAAAGUUGGCCUUGUACCUCUAUGAGCUCCUCCAUGAUCAUAAAGACUGUCUGUCCAAGGAGGAGCAGACAGCAGUGGGCAUAUUCAUGACAUCACUGAAGCUAUGUGGGCACCGGUGCAUCCCUCCCAAGCCCGACCUCAUAAAAGCAAUCAAAGAGGAUCAGAUCAAGUAUGAAUCUGAAGAAAAAACAAACAAAUCAGCCUGGGAAAAGAAAAUGGGAAACACUCAACAAAGUCUCAUUCAAAGGCUAGAUGGCAAGUCUAAGGAUAUUUCAAAGAUUGCAGCAGACAUCACCCAGAAUGUGUCACUGCGACAGGGCAUGGAGAGAAAGAAGGUCAUCCAGCACAUCAGAGGAAUGUACAAAAUAGACCUGAGCGCCAGCAGGCACUGGCAAGAGCUAGUCCAGCAAUUAACACACGACCGAGCUGUGUGGUACGAUCCAGCCUCCUACCCAACAUCCUGGCAACUGGACCCCACCGAGGGGCCAAAUAGAGAAAGGCGGCGCCUGCAGCGAUGCUACCUGACCAUCCCCAACAAAUACCUACUGAGGGACAGGCAGAAACCAGAAGAACUAGUCAAGCCACCACUGUCCUAUCUUUUUGAAGACAAAACACAUUCUUCUUUUUCAUCAACUGUCAAAGACAAAGCAACAAGUGAACCUAUCAGGUUCACUCGCAGAUGCAUAAGUGUUGCGCCUUCACGAGAGACCACUGGUGAAUUAUUAUUAGGAAAGUCUGGGAUGUACUUUGUUGAAGAUAAUGCAGCGGAUACCUACGACAGUCCAAAUCCUCAUGGUGAAACAGAGCCAGCAUCCUUCUCCUGGACUUACGAAGAAAUCAAAGAGGUCCACAAGCGAUGGUGGCAGCUCCGGGACAACGCCGUGGAGAUCUUUCUAACCAAUGGGAGGACACUGCUCCUGGCCUUUGACAACACCAAGGUCCGUGAUAACGUUUACCACAACAUCCUGACGUCCAACCUAGCCAAUCUUCUGGAAUAUGGAAACAUCACGGCUCUUACCCACUUGUGGUGCUCGGGGCAGAUCACAAACUUUGAGUACCUGACCCACCUUAACAAGCAUGCAGGCCGCUCCUUCAACGACCUCAUGCAGUACCCUGUGUUCCCCUUUAUACUCAGCGACUACACCAAUGAAACACUGGAUCUAAGUGAGCCCACUAUUUACAGAAAUCUUGUGAAACCCAUAGCUGUGCAAUCCAAAGAGAAGGAAGACCGUUACGUGGAUAACUACAAGUACCUGGAAGAGGAGUUCCGUAAGGGGGCUCGAGACGAUGAUCCCAUGCCCCCUGUGCAGCCAUAUCACUACGGGUCCCAUUACUCCAACAGUGGCACCGUCCUUCACUUCCUGGUCAGGAUGCCUCCCUUCACAAAGAUGUUUUUAUCUUAUCAAGACCAAAGCUUUGAUAUCCCAGAUCGGACUUUCCACUCAAUGAACACCACGUGGCGACUUUCAUCAUAUGAAUCCAUGACUGAUGUAAAGGAGCUGAUCCCUGAAUUUUUCUACCUGCCGGAGUUCUUGGUAAACAGAGAAGGCUUUGAUUUUGGAGUAAGACAGAACAGUGAGCGGGUGAACCACGUCAACCUCCCGCCCUGGGCACGCAACGACCCGCGUCUCUUCAUCCUGAUUCACCGGCAGGCACUGGAGUCGGACCAGGUGUCCCAGACCCUCUGCCAGUGGAUUGACCUGGUCUUCGGACACAAGCAGAAGGGCAAGGCAGCAGUGCACGCAAUCAACGUCUUCCACCCAGCAACAUACUUUGGGAUGGAUGUGUCUGCAGUAGAGGACCCAGUGCAGCGCAGAGCCCUGGAGACCAUGAUAAAGACGUACGGACAGACUCCUCGGCAGCUCUUUAACGCAGGUCACAUGAGCCGGCCCGGCUCCCGCCUCAUCAUGGAAGGAGAGCUGCCCGCCGCCAUGGGGCUGCUCGUUCAGUUUGCUUUCCGCGAGACCAGAGAGCAUACCAAAGAAGUGGUGUAUCCGAGCCCUCUCCCCUGGAUUAAGGGUUUGAAGUGGGGUGAGUACGUGGGCUCCCCCAGCUCCCCCGACCCCGUGGUUUGCUUCAGUCAACCACAUGGGGAGUGGUUCGGGUCCCUACUGGCACUGCCCACUAGAGCCAUCUGUGGACUGUCAAGGAAGUUCUGUCUCAUGAUGAUUUACAGCAAAGAACAAGGUGUUCGCAGCAUGCACAGCACUGACAUCCAGUGGUCAGCCAUUCUGAGUUGGGGUUAUGGUGAUAACAUGCUGCGACUGAAGAGCAAACAAAGCGAGCCGCCUGUUAAUUUCAUCCAGUGUUCCCAGCUCUACCAGGUUACAAGUUGUGCGUGGGUACCUGAUAGCUGCCAGCUGUUCACUGGCAGUAAAUGUGGAGUAAUCACAGCUUACAGAAACAGAUUUACAAACACCACGCCCUCAGAAGUGGAAGUGGAGUUGGAGGUGCACUUGUACGGACACACAGCAGAGGUCACCAACCUAUUUGUGUGUAAACCCUACAGUAUCCUGAUAAGCUUCAGCAAAGACGGGACCUGCAUCAUAUGGGAUUUAAACAGGCUCUGUUACGUUCAAAGUCUUACUGGACACAAAAGUCCUGUGACAGCAGUUUCAGCCAGUGAAACCACAGGAGACAUUUCUACUGUGUGCGAUUCAGUUGGCGGUGGCAGUGAUUUGCGUCUCUGGACGGUAAACGGUGACCUCAUCGGACAUGUCCACUGCAGAGAAAUAAUUUGUUCAGUGGCCUUCUCUAACCAGCCCGAGGGAGUGUCUGUCAAUGUGAUUGCUGGGGGACUAGAAAACGGAGUUGUGAGAUUGUGGAGCACAUGGGAUCUGAAACCUGUUCGAGAAAUUACUUUCCCUAAAUCAAACAGACCUAUUGUUAGCCUCACCUACUCCUGUGACGGACACCACCUGUACACCGCGAACAGCGAGGGGACAGUGAUAGCUUGGUGCCGCAGGGACCAGCAGAGGAUGAAGCUGCCCAUGUUCUACUCAUUCCUCAGCAGCUACGCAGCCUGAUGACAACUACAGAGGAAACUUGCCAUCAGAGACCGCUCUAGAGCACUUAACCAGGAAGAAUGACCAUCAGCAUGCAUUAAAUACAAUUUUGGCUUUUUAAGGCAAAAAUAUAAAUACAUUAUGUGCAUUAAGCUUUGAGCAUUGAACAGCCCCUUGUGCAGUUUUUUUUAUAUUACAUUUCACGGCAGCAGAAACAGUCCUGAGAUUUAGAUCGGGAAGUGCAUAUACCUUAUGUUACAAGAACAGAAGUUAGUGCUCUAUUUGAAAUUUAAAAGACAGUAGGUCCUGGCGAAUGUAUGUGGAUGAAACUGUGUAUCGGCCUACAGUGUAUUGUUUUGUUUCUCCUUGAGCAGCAUGCACAAGUUGACAGAAGCGCUAUUUAUUAUUUGAAAUGUUGUGUGCUACAUGCAUCCUAUGUGUGUGUAAUGUUGGCCACCAAAUGUCCCUGAACUUUCGCUGUACAUUCUGCCUGACAGUUAAAGAAAAGUGUUGUAUGUCAAAAAAAAAAAAAAAUAAAAUAAUAAUAAUAAUAAUCAAAGUCAAUAGCUCUAAAUCUUGUAAAUAAAAUGAAAAAAAAUGAGUGAACCUUUGUAUAACAAAUAUGGCUUUUCUUUUUCUAUUACUCUUUUAUGGUCACUUAAAACUAAAACCAGCAGCUAUGAGGUGAAGUAGGAAUACCGUUGUAAUGCACUUUAUACAAGGUUUCUUAAACUUAAGUAUGUACUUCUAGAUGGCAUAUUACAUUAGCAUUGAAGAUCAAAUAUAAAUUAAAUGGACUGCUGCAUGACAUUAAAAGCAGUAAAUAUGCGAUGAAUGAUUAUAAACUAUUCAAGGUGCCUAUGGUGUCCGUUCUUAAUCUCAGGCUUACAUGUCUUGAGGGAAUCCUUAUUUAGAUAUACAGACGUCUGCAAACCAACCUCUCCUUCAGGGUUGUGUGACAUAAAUAAAUGGCGCCCAUUUGACUGGUUGGGAUUCAACCUUCAAUAGGUCUGAGUGAUCUGGCAUAACAGUAAACUGGAUCUGCUUGUACCAUAACAGCAGUCCUUAAAUACACCUUCUAAAAACUGCCAGAUCAGCAGUAGCAAGUAAUCUAGCAACUCAGAGAAGGGUAGUAGACCAGCUUGUAAACUUACCAGUCAACACCCAGCGUGUGACUACUUAGUGUACUGAUAAUGUACUGUAAGUCCCAGUGCUCGCUAAUCAGAGGUCUUACUUCAUUUGCAAAAUACUUUACAAUAUAUAGUCCCAGUUUCACCCCCUAGGUACAUGAAGAGAAGUGCUUUAAUUAUUAAUAAGACACAACAGUUUUUUUGCCAUCCCUGCUUUUAGAUUUGUGCUUUCAAAGCACAUUCUGAUGGGAUACCGAACAGUUUUGAAAGAAGCUAGCAAGAACCACUUAAUCUGUAUUGACAAAUGUGAAUUCACUGUGCAGCGACCUAAAAUGACACUUUAAAUAUAAAUCAACCUGCAGUUACAGCUUUUGACAACAGCAAGAGUAUAUACAUGCUACAUAAUAAUAAUAAUAAUAAUAAUAAUAAUCAUCAUCUUUUGUAAAGAGACUAUUUUUUCAUUUCAAAGAGUUGAAAGUGUUAUAUUUGUAGUCUUUUCUACCAGCUGUUAAUUUCCUGUUAUUUAUAUGGAAAGUGUCAAACAUGCUCUUUUUACAAAUGUGUGCAAGCAGCAUAAACCGUAGAAGGCUGGGUCAUCUGCAUUCUUAUUUUUUUUUUUAAUUGGAGGUUUUGAUUCCGCUCUCAGCGGGGGUAUUUGAAGCUGUCCCUCCUCUUGUAUGAGCAGGCUUCUAACCAGCAAUACAAAAAGAUCACAGAUGUAUCAUCUUACCCAAAUUAUGUAAAAUGGGAUGGAAGAUUUAUUAUUAUUAUUAUUAUUAUUAUUAUUAUUAUUAUUUAUAUGCGAACCACAAAAAAUCUGUAUAUUUAAUUAUAAGGUAAAGUGAAUGGAUUUAAAUAAGCCAGUGCUUCAGUGCUUUCAUCCAAUGUGUUUUAUGUGAAAUGCUAGUUUAUGUAUAAUGUAAAAAAAAAAUUAAAAAAAGGAAAGAAAGACCCUUUGAUGAUAUCAGCAAGCAGCGCCCUUCCUCUUUUGAUGUUUACAAUUGAACUUUGCUGUCAUGUGGUCUUUGGAACCAUUUUGAUUAUUUUUCAUAUACAUGUACAGUACAUACAUUUGUUUUUCUUAAUUUGUUUUCUUCUUGAAUAAAGUGAAAUAUUUUUAUUAUCUAGAUAAUAUUAAAUAUUUUGUUCUCUGUAAAUGAGAGAGGUUUGUAAGUUAC